AUGGGCCUCCAGCGCUCUAAUGUGACAAUAAUCCAUCCGGAUCUAGGCAUCGGAGGUGCAGAGCGACUAAUAAUCGACGUCGCUCUAGCCCUCCAGAACCGAGGGCACCGCGUAACAAUCUACACCUCCCACCGCGAUAAGACGCACUGCUUCGACGAAGCACGCAAUGGCACGCUGGACGUCCGCGUGCGCGGAAACACCAUCUUCCCCGCCCAUAUCUGCGGCCGACUCCAUAUAUUAAUGGCCGCAUUGCGCCAGCUUCACCUCACUGUAUCGCUACUCGCCGAACUCGCCGCAAGCCGGACGGAGAAAGCUUCCGCCGACGAAGACCGAGACGACAUCUUCAUCGUGGACCAGCUACCGGCCUGCGUGCCCUUUUUGAAAUCCUUCGGUCGAGCCCGCGAAUCCCGACGCCAGCGUAUCCUGUUCUACUGCCAUUUCCCGGAUCAAUUGCUUGCGCGCCGGGAUGAGGGCGGUUCGCUGCUUCGUUUGGCGAAGGUGUUAUACCGGUUUCCGUUUGAUUGGUUCGAGGGGUGGGCGAUGAGUGCAUCGGACCGGGUUGUUGCGAACUCGAAGUUCUCUCGUGGGAUCGUGCGUGAUGUGUUUGGCUCGGAUCGAUUGGGUGAUGUGGAGGUGGUUUAUCCAUGUGUUGACAUGGAUGGCAACUCAUUGCCUGAGAAAGCGGAUGAAGACCCUCUCUGGGGUGGGAAGAAGAUCUUACUCAGUAUCAAUCGCUUUGAGCGCAAGAAGGAUAUGGCGCUGGCCAUUCGAGCUUAUAAUGGGCUAGGAGCGGAAAAGAGGCAAGGGACACGGUUGGUGAUUGCUGGCGGUUACGACAAUCGUAUCCAGGAGAAUGUUCAAUACCACCAAGAGCUGGACAAGCUCGCCACUGGCCUUGGAUUGAAGACCGCGACAUCUAAGACGGUUGUUUCUGCAAUUUCCAUUCCUGACUCGAUCGAUAUUCUUUUCCUUCUUUCUGUUCCGACUGCAUUCAAAGAUACAUUACUUGCGCAAUCCAAGCUUCUUCUCUACACUCCGAUCAAUGAACACUUUGGCAUUGUACCCGUCGAAGCGAUGCGGGUGGGCCUUCCAGUUCUGGCAUCAAACACCGGAGGCCCGUUAGAGACCAUUGUCGAAGGCGAAACGGGCUGGCUCCGGGACGCCCAUGCCGACGAUGAGUGGACUGCUGUGAUGGACAAGGCUCUUUACGGACUGAGCCAGAAGGACGUUGAGCGCAUGGCUGCUGCAGGCAAGGUGAGGGCGCAGCAGGAGUUCUCUCUUACUGCUAUGGGUGAUAGGUUAGAAGAAGAGAUAUCUACUAUGCUUACCGCGGAGAGAAGGCCUUUCACUGGAUGGCAGCAAGUGUCUGCUAUCUUGGCUUUGCUUGGAGCUGUCCUUGCAUUAAUAGCUGCAAUAGUGCUUCGAGCGAUCUAA